AUGGCCAAGACGCAGAAGAACAAGGCUACGGCCUUUCACUUGGGUCAAUUGAAGGCUAAGCUUGCGAAGCUGAAGCGAGAGUUGUUGACUCCGACCGGAGGUGGUGGUGGCGGCGGUGGUGCCGGCUUCGAUGUGGCCCGUACCGGUGUUGCUAGUGUUGGUUUCAUUGGUUUCCCCUCCGUCGGAAAGAGUACUCUGAUGAGCAAACUGACGGGACAACACUCGGAAGCUGCCGCUUACGAGUUCACGACUUUGACGACUGUGCCCGGACAGGUCAUGUACAACGGUGCGAAGAUUCAGAUUCUCGAUCUGCCUGGUAUCAUUCAGGGUGCCAAGGAUGGUAAGGGUCGUGGUCGUCAGGUCAUUGCUGUGGCCAAGACUUGCCAUCUGAUCUUCAUCGUGCUGGACGUCAACAAGCCGCUGCACGACAAGAAGAUCAUUGAGAACGAAUUGGAAGGGUUUGGCAUUCGAAUCAACAAGCAACCCCCCAACAUUGUUUUCAAGAAGAAGGACAAGGGUGGUAUUGCCAUCACGAGCACGGUUCCCUUGACGCAUAUUGAUAACGACGAAAUCAAAGCCGUCAUGAGCGAGUACAAGAUCUCUUCCGCGGACAUUUCUAUCAGAUGCGAUGCGACCAUCGAUGAUCUCAUUGAUGUGCUGGAAGCCAAGAGUCGCGCCUACAUUCCGGUCGUGUAUGCUCUGAACAAGAUCGAUGCGAUCACGAUCCAGGAGCUGGACCUUCUGUACCGGAUCCCCAACGCCUGCCCCAUUAGCUCCGAACACGGAUGGAACGUCGAUGAGUUGCUGGAGAUGAUGUGGGAGAAACUCAACCUGCGCCGGGUCUACACUAAGCCCAAGGGCAAGACGCCGGAUUACACGGCCCCCGUCGUUCUAAGAGCCAACGCCUGCACGGUCGAGGACUUCUGUAAUGCUAUUCAUCGUACGAUCAAGGAUCAGUUCAAGCACGCUAUCGUCUAUGGCCGUUCCGUCAAGCACCAACCGCAGCGUGUCGGUCUGUCACACGAGUUGGGCGAUGAAGAUAUCGUGUCCAUCGUCAAGCGCUAAUCGAGUCCGAACGCCAUGUCAACCCUCCUGGAAAAGGAUCCGCCCCUUAAGCGGAGCAGCGCAGUGGCGAAUCGUGCACUCAAGCAUGGUCAACACAAGCCGACUGUGGAUUAAGGGGAGAGGGGGGGAAAGGGGAGGGCUUUUGUGUUUCUCCGCUAAGUAUAAAGCGC